AUGAAGGAAGCAAUCGUCAAGAAAGAUACAUCCGUCGAGAUCAUCAACUCUCCGAUUCCUAAGCCAGGCCCCGGCGACGUCCUCAUCAAGGUUAUCAUCGCAGGCACCAACCCCAAGGAUUGGAAGAUCCCCAUUUGGCUCGGCGAAGAGACCAACACCGGUGAUGACAUCGCCGGUAUCGUUGAAGCCGUAGGCGAAAAUGUCGUCGGCUUCCACAAAGGCGACCGCGUAGCCGCCUUCCAUGAGAUGAGAACUCCACACGGUGCUUUUGCCGAGUACGCCACCGCGCCAUACUACACAACUUUCCAUAUUCCCGAUUCGGUUUCUUUCGAAGAGGCUGCUACCAUCCCUCUCGCCGCGUACACUUCUGUCUGCGCGUUGUUCCAGGAGCUUGAGAUCCCGGAACCUUGGUCGCCACUUGCCAAGACUGAGGACAAGCGCCCUCUUCUCGUUUACGGAGCUAGUACCGCUACUGGAGCUUACGGUAUCAAGCUUGCUGCAGCUGCUAAUGUUCAUCCAAUCAUUGCAGUUGGAAGCCAGCGAAGUGCAUUUAUCAAGCCUUUCCUUGACGAGAGCAAGGGAGACAUCCUUGUUGACUACACUGCUUAUAAGACCGAAGAGGAGCUGGUCAAGGCAAUCCGAGAAGCUUUCAAACAGGGUGGCGCUCCAGAUGGUCGAUGCUGGAAAGCCUUUGACAGUGUAUCAGAAGAUUCGACCAUCAGAGUUGUCACCAAGGCUAUCGCCGGUCCUCCAGACUCGACUGGCCGAAAGCCAAAAUUGACCAACAUCUUGAUGAAGAAACAAGUCGAGGGUUCUGACCCCAGUGUUGAUAUCGUCUUCUCAAUGGUUGGUCACGUUCAUGACAAGGAUGAGAAGAACAAGCUCCUUGGUGUUGUAUGGGGUUCAGCAUUCACUAGGGGUCUUCGAGAGGGUUGGUUCACAGCUCAUCCUUACGUCGUGGGUAAGAACGGCCUUGAGGGAUUGUCUGAUGGUCUUAAGGGUUUGAAGGAGGGUAAGACGCGGGCGCAGAAGUUUUUGACUGUUGUUGGCGAGACACCAGGUGCCAGUGGUUGA